CUUAAUUGUGCAUUGUUCCAAUCAAGUACAGCAGAAGCAGCAGCAGCAGCAGUAGCAGAAGAUCGCCUCGAAGAACUCGAAACAAUCCCAGCGCUGGUGUUGUGUGUUCUAGAGUGUCAAGUGUGUGAGGACUUUACCGUAGCGGCACGAUGAAGGUGUUUGUAGUGUUAAGUGUCCUGGCAGUGGCUGCCGUUUCGGCACGUCCAGAACCUCCGGUUGGCGGCGGAUAUCCGUCGUACUCGGCGCCAUCCUUCAGCUCCGGCGGGGACAUUGGACCGUACCCCUCGAGCCAGCAGCAAGGAGGCGGCGGUGGUUACAACUACCAGCCCGCUACCCAGGUUGUCCAGAAGCACAUCUACGUCCACGUGCCGCCACCAGAGAAGGACGAUGCGCCAGCACCUCGCGUAGUCCAGUCGGCCACGCCGCAGAAGCACUACAAGAUCAUCUUCAUCAAGGCGCCGACCCCACCGCAGCCAAAGGCCCCGAUCAUCCCGCCGCCACCACAGAACGAAGAGAAGACCCUGGUCUACGUGCUCCACAAGAAGCCGGAAGAGCCCGAGGAGAUCAUCCUGCCGACGCCACCACCAACCAAGCCAAGCAAGCCGGAGGUCUACUUCAUCAAGUACAAGACCCAGAAGGAGAAGAAGCCCGAAUACGGACCCCCGAAGCAGGAAUACGGUGCCCCAUCCGGCAACGGUGGCCCGUACUAAGCGGCGACGAAGACGGCGACUGUUCAUGGUCUUUGGUAGCCGGCACGUCAAUGUGGAUCCUGACGAUCCUGACGCUACUGACGCUACCAUUCGGACACAACUACACCAACAACACAUCAUACCAACACACGUACACUGCUACAAAUGCUGCUGACUUAAAAUACCCAAUUGCGAAGAAUGUGCGAGCGAGCGAUCGAGCGAACUUAAAUCCCAUUUUUUUUGUUUCUUAGCCAGUAAGUUAUGAGUUUAAUCCAAGCUGCGGACGUUUUGGUUUCAGCAAAACCGUUUCGCAGUUUUGCGCUUUUUACGUGUAUAUAGGACCCUAAUGCGAUUCCUAUGCAAACAUCUGUUCUUAGCGAGCCAUAGUCGAUCAAUCUUAUUAUGUUAUUUAUUACGUUAUUACAAAAAAACGCAUAUCUAGUUGAAGUAUAAAAAUCUAACGGUGACAAAUUUAAGAAAAAAAAACA